ACAUAAUUCAUCCACAGAGCAAACAGCCUGGCUAGUGAGGGUAUGAUCCAUUCAUUCGAUGUACUUUUGAGCGUUGUCUUUGGACUUGUCGACCUCACUUGAUAUAAUUAUUCCGCUGGUUGAGAUAUCUAAAAGAUCACCACAUACUUCAGCCCUUGAAGCUAUCAAGGCAGUAAAGGGAGCUUCCACAAGCUUGGUGGGGGGACCCUCCAACACAACAGAGAUCUAGCCAUCAUGUCAGGGACAAAGGCAGCCCUCAAGGCCAUCAACGACGCCAUUCGCCAGCAAAAAUUUGACGAUGCGGUGAGCAAGGCAAAGGAGCUUCUGGAAAAGGAUCCUAAGAACUACCAAGCUCACAUUUUCCUAGCCUUUGCCUUAGAUAAAAAGGACAGGUUGGACCUAGCUCAGGAGACUUAUCGAUCUGCGACGUGGCUUCGUCCCCAGGAGGCACAAGCAUGGCAGGGCUUGAUCAAGCUCUUUGAGAAGCAAAGCAACAAGAAGCUGGCAGAUUACCAGCAGGCAGUCGUUAAUCUGGCGCAGAUUUAUCGAGAUGCUGAUGACAUGUACAAGUGUCAAGAUGUUGUGAUCAAAUUUAUCGACUUUGCAAGAGUUCAAGGUGAUGAGACACAAUAUGCCGAAGCACUUUCGAUCCAACUCCCCGAAAGUCCUCUAUACCCCAUCCUUGAGGGCCGGUUUCCUCACCCAGCAAAGACAUAUGAGACGAUAGCGCACAUCUUGGAAAAGGCUGAGAAACACCGGAUAAACACUCUCAUCGGGGAGCGACGAACCAAACUGGGCGCUAAACUCACCGAGGUCACCCUUGACGCCAAGCGGGAAGUUUACAGCCAGAGCAAACUGGAACACAUUUAUCGACAACUCAUCAACUGGACAAAUGACGAUGAUCUAAGACGGCAGUAUGAAGAAAAGCUUCUCCAGCUUUGUUAUGAUCGUCUCCUGGUCGCCCCAACGGGCGCUGGAAAGGACGCUGAACGUCAGAAAGUGCUCGAUCUCGCCAACGGCAUGGUUGCCAUAAAAUACCCUUACAAGCUUGCUUGGGAUAUUUCUAUAGAGUGGCAAGACAAGAAGGAGGUUCGAGAAUGGGAUGUGGAUAUCCUACGAGCUUACUGUUCAUUCUUUCCCGACAGUGAUCUUUACAAAGUCAUCACAAGUUACCUGACAAGCCCAAUCUCACCAUUCCCACCAGAGAAGCCACAAGAAAAGGCAAAGGCAGCCCUCAAUGAAUCGGACGAAAGUUCCGAUGACGAUGAUGGUGGAGUUCCUACCCUUGUGGUUCCUUUGACCGAUGAGGAUCGACUCAUCAUGAUAACUGAAGGCAUUACUACUGCUGAUUCUGUUCUCGCGUAUCGACUCACUGGUCAAUACCUUCUUCACAUUGGAGAGUAUGAGAGUACCGUUGAGCUUAUGCGCAAAGGAUUGGCUCUAUUAACCCAGGAACGUAAGAAGACAGGCCUUUCAUUCGCAAAUGCCGAAGACUCUUAUUAUCUUUCGCUCGGAACAGCACUAGUCUAUUACCAAUCUCCCAGACAUCACAAGGAGGCGAAGGAGCUGUUCGACAAAGUUCUCGAGCGCGAUAACACUUACACCUCUGCCUUGAUCGGUGUUGGUCUGAUCUACGAGGAAGAAGAGGAGUACGAUGAAGCUAUCGACUACCUUAGUCGGGCUUUGGAACGUGAUCAAACAAACAUCAGGGUAAAAUCUGAGGCUGCCUGGGUCAAGGCACUCAAGGGAGAUUGGCAAACUGCAAAGGACGAACUGCAGGAAUGCCUCGAGCCUCUGGAAAAGCAAGGCGCUGCAUCAAAGGAGUUGCUGGGUGAGACGCAGCAUCGCCUGGGAGUAUGCCUCUGGAACAUCGACACCAGUAAGGCUGCACGAAAACAACGAAAGGGAGAGUCUGCGUACGCAUACUGGCUCAGUGCUCUGAACAACAACCUGAAUCACGCACCCACAUACACGUACCUAGGAACAUACUAUGCCGACUAUGCGAAGGAUAAAGGCAGAUCACGACGUUGCUUUCAGAAGGCACUAGAACUGUCUCAUGCCGAAGUGGUUGCAGCCGAAAGACUCGCACGCUCUUUUGCGGACGACGGAGACUGGGAUAGAGUCGAGCUCGUCGCCCGCCGAGUUGUUGACUCUGGCAAGGUAAAACCGCCACCAGGAUCCAAGAGGAAGGGCAUUAGCUGGCCAUUUGCUGCACUCGGCGUGGCUGAGCUAAACAAGCAAGACUUCCACAAGGCCAUUGUGUCUUUCCAAGCAGCGCUUCGUAUCAGUCCUGAAGAUUACCAUUCCUGGGUCGGUCUUGGGGAGAGCUACCACAGUUCCGGUCGGCACAUCGCUGCCACUAAGGCUAUUCUGAAUGCACAAAGGCUAGAGGGAGAAACUGAAGCGGAUAUUUCUGGAGAUACCUGGUUUACCAAGUACAUGCUUGCUAACAUCAAGCGUGAACUGGGCGAGUACGACGAAUCUAUCGCUCUCUACAGGUCCGUCAUUGAGACGCACCCUGAGGAGGAGGGGGUUAUUAUCGCCUUGCUUCAAACAACAGUCGACAACGCCCUUUCAUCUGUCGAAAAAGGUUUAUUUGGAAAAGCAGUCCAGCUUGCAACUGAGACCAUUGAGUAUGCAAAGGCAACCGACGGCAGUGCUCUUGAGACUUUCAACUUCUGGAAAGCUAUAGCUGAUGCAUGCUCUGUCUUCUCUUCCGUCCAAAGUCGCACGCGAGAUUUGCCCUGCGAAUCCAUUAGUGAGCUUCUCAAAAAGGGCUCACAGGACGCCUAUGAGAUUUUCGCCAGUGUUGACAAGGUUGGCACUGAUGUGGUCUUUGCAAAGGGCUUGUAUGCAGAUGAUGAGCAGCCAGGGGUUGAUCUCACUCGAUGCAUCCACGCUACAAUUUUGUGUCACAAGCAAGGUGUCCACAUUUCGUCUAAUGAUCGCCACGCGCAAGCCGUUGCUUAUUACAAUUUGGGAUGGGCAGAAUAUCGCGCGCAUAUUUGCCUACCGUCUGAGAUCAGGAGGAAGUCUAGCAGCUACGUCAAAGCUGCGGUGAGAUCAUUCAAGCGUGCUAUCGAGUUAGAAGCAGGAAACUCGGAGUUUUGGAAUGCCCUCGGUGUAGUAACCAGUGAGAUCAACCCUACGGUAGCCCAGCAUGCUUUCGCCCGAAGUCUGUACCUGAACGAGAGAAGCCCUGCGGCUUGGACGAAUUUGGGAACUCUCGCCCUUUUGUCAGGAGAUGUCCAGCUAGCUAAUGAGGUUUUCACGAGAGCCCAGUCAACUGACCCUGACUAUGCACACGCUUGGCUGGGACAAGGAUUUGUAGCUCUUCUCCAUGGUGAUGCCAAAGAAGCCCGAGGACUAUUCACCCACGCAAUGGAGAUUGCAGAUGCAUCUUCAGUACCUACCAGGCGUCACUACUCAAGCUCCCUCUUCGAUCAUAUUCUUUCAGUGUCUCCUAAUGAAAUUACCGUCGAAUCGCUUAUACAACCACUCUUCGCUCUCAACCAAUAUCAAAGCCUCAAAUCCGAUGACCUGGCAUUUGGUCACUUGACGACACUAUUUCAAGAGCGCACUAGAGAGAGCAGCCGUGCUGUUGAUACGCUAGAAAAGAUUUCCUCUACCGUUGAGGCUGAUUACGAAAGCACCGAAUCCCCUCAAAGUCUCGCCAAGUUUGCUCUGGCCAAAACGGAUCUAGCACGAGCGUAUCUCGCUUCGGGUUCUUACGAGAAGGCAGUUGAGUGUGGCGAGCUAGCAUUAGGCUUGAGUAGCGACGAGGCAGAGAACGAGCUUUCAAGUGAACAACGCAAGAGAGCUCGCUUGUCUGCGCACCUCACUGUAGGACUGGCACAGUACUACAACAACCAGUUCGAUGAAGCGAUCACGUAUUUUGAGUCUGCACUGGAGGAGUCUGAUGGCAACCCCGAUGCUGUAUGCUUGUUGGCUCAAGUACUCUGGGCUCAGGGGGCAGAGUCGUCUCGAGAGAGAGCUCGUGAAGCAUUGUUCGAGGUGAUUGAAAAGCAUCCCGAGCAUGUCCGGUCAGUUCUUCUUCUUGGUGUGGUCGCUUUGUUAGACAAUGACGAGGAUUCUCUGGAAGCAGUUGUAGAAGAAUUUCACGGUCUUCGCACCAAUCACAAGGUAACAGCCUCAGAGCAGUCGCACAUUGGUGAAGUACUGCGGGCCAUUGCCACACUUGGAGAAGGACGUACGGAAGAGGAUAUUAAAACACAGAUACAGACAGAUAUCAUGCUCUACCCUGACCUACCUCAUGGCUGGUCUGCUCUAGCCCAUUCUACGGGCGAUGAGUACGCGGCUCAGAUGGCGCUCAAGGUCGCAGCAAGGGGCAUUCCUCCAAAGGGUUUGUUGGAAGCCCAGGAUCUAGCGAAGGCAUAUGCUGGAACAUCUACCGCCGGAGAUGCUCAGCGAGCAGCGUUCUUGGCGCCUUGGGAACAGAGUGGCUGGACAUCGCUGGCCGCUGCUACAGAGGGCAUGUCACGAAUGUAGAUAUGUACGAGGAUGGGUUGGGAGACAACC